AUGAUCAUAUUCUCGUCGCGCAGUGUACUGCUAUCAGUCUACUAUCCACAGAUCUUCCUCAUCCUUACGAGUGGGAGCUACCUGGCCCUGUCUUCCGUGGUGGCAUUGGGUGCCAACAUCAUCUGCAACAAGAUCCCUGGGCUGGCCCCUCGCCAGAGGGCCAUCUGCCAGAGCCGCCCGGAUGCCAUCAUCGUGGUGGGGGAGGGCGCCCAGCUGGGCAUCAAUGAGUGUCAGUACCAGUUCCGCUAUGGCCGCUGGAAUUGCUCCGCCCUGGGGGAGAGGACUGUCUUCGGACAGGAGCUGCGAGUAGGUAGCCGGGAAGCUGCGUUCACGUACGCCAUCACGGCCGCCGGCGUAGCCCAUGCCAUCACGGCGGCGUGUAGCCAGGGAAACCUGAGCCAGUGUGGCUGUGACCGGGAGAAGCAGGGUUACUAUAACCAGGAAGAGGGCUGGAAGUGGGGAGGCUGUUCGGCAGACAUCAAGUACGGCGUUGAGUUCUCCAGGAGGUUCGUGGAUGCCCGCGAGAUCAAGAAGACCACGCGCCGGCUGAUGAACCUCCACAACAAUGAGGCAGGGAGAAAGGUCCUGGAGGAGCGGAUGAAGUUGGAGUGUAAGUGUCAUGGCGUGUCAGGCUCCUGCACCACCAAAACCUGCUGGACGACCCUGCCCAAGUUCCGAGAGAUCGGCUAUGUCCUGAAAGACAAGUACAACCAGGCGGUCCACGUGGAGGUGGUCCGGGCCAGCCGACUACGCCAGCCCACCUUCCUCAAGGUGAAGAAGACCCAGGGCUACCGCAAGCCCAUGGAGACCGACCUCGUCUACAUCGAGAGGUCGCCCAACUACUGCGAGGAGGACGCAGCCACGGGGAGCGUUGGCACCCAGGGGAGGCUGUGUAACCGCACCUCGCCCCACACGGACGGCUGUGACCUCAUGUGCUGUGGCCGGGGCUACAACACGCACCAGUACACCAAAGUGUGGCAGUGCAACUGUAAGUUCCAGUGGUGCUGCUUCGUCAAGUGCAACACAUGCAGCGAGAGGACGGAGGUGUUUACCUGCAAAUAA